AUGAGGCCGUGUGUAGCUGUCGUUGUAGCAUUGCUGCAGCUCUGCAGCCCAACGCUGCAGUCUGACCCGCAGCUCUUCAUCUCAGAGCUGCAGGAUGGACAAGAACAACCCAGCAAGUCUUGGCUUAACCCCACGCUGAAGGGUGUCGUCCCCUCUCGGGAAAUCACCAAACCUCCCAAAAUUAGAGACACGCCAGAAAACGAGAUGACCUCACACUCCUUCCCCAUGUUUGGCGAACACGUGAACCUGAAGUGGGUCACGUGGAACGGUUCCCUUCCAAACGGCGCCGUCGCUAUCUUCAACGGCUACACCGAGCGCACCGACUACGUGUGCAAAGUCAACUGCGAGGCCGGCUUCUACACUCCCAGCAAAGGGAGCUUCUGCCAGUAUCCGUACGCCGACAACGAGUACCAAUCCUCCAAGUUUGAAGUGCUCGUCAACGUGGACCACUUUGAGUUUCUGGAGUGGGUCGAAGAUUCGUACGGGUCCGUCCCCGAGUUUUCUGUCAGAACCUGCCCCGAUGUGGACAUCUACGUGGGCAAAAACAAGUACGGUCUUGGCAAGGUGGUGACCCAACACGAGGCCUUCUUCCUCCCCUGGGAAGGCGAUGAGUACUGGUACAAGAGCUACCACGUGCUCACCAUCAACAGAGACAGCUACAGCCAGCAUAUCUCUCACGUGCAGUACGGCAUCGACGAGAUGGAGCUGUUCCACCAUCCGCCUGAGACCCUGCAGCUCGCCAAAGUCACCAACCUGGAGUGCAGCAGUGUGGCGAAGACCGUGAAGCUAGAGAAGACCAGCACAGUGGAGAAGAGCUGGGACAUCGGCAGACAGACACGCAACGGCUCCGUAUCCACCAUGACGGCCAAAGUUCCCAUCCUUGGUCCGGGGAAUGUGGACUUCACCAAGGAGCAGACAGUGACUUUCUCAGAGGGGACGACCAUGGUGGAGUCCAUCAGUCAUGCUGUCUCCGUGGAGCUGAUGGUGCCUCCCAACCAUUCCUGCAGCGUGAGGAUGGACGGCAGGAAGAUGACGGCUGACAUCCCGUUCACCGGCAGGCUGAGCAGGACCAACCACAACGGAGACACCCACUGGACGACCAUCACGGGAACCUACGAUGGCGUGAGAGUCGGGGAGAUCAACGCGGUGGUGGAGCGGUGUCAGCCAGUGAUGGAUGCUGUUCCCUGCGCUCCAGCUGAUGAAUGA